AUGGUGCAAGCGACACUGGCCCUACUCUGGGCCUUUACCUGGGUGACGGUGGCGCUGAUCGCGACGCGCCUGCUAUUGCGCAAGGUACGCCGCAAGGCCUUCGUUGCCGGGGACUACCUGUCCAUGGCGGCCAUCCUGUGUGCGCUGAUUCGACUGGCGCUGGUGCAUGUUAUCAUACUCUGGGGGACGAAUAACAUGGCACCGAAGAUGCGCUCGGAGUAUCCCUUCACGGCGCAGGAGAUCUACCAGCGUGAGAUCGGCAGCAAGCUUACCCUAGUCAAUCGGAUCUUCUACAACUCCUAUCUCUGGCUGCAAAAGCUCGUCCUGCUCGAUACGUACCGACUCUUGAUUCGGAACCUUCCUUGGGAGCGUCCGACCUUGCUGGUGUAUAUGGGGCUCUUUGCAGCCACUUAUGUGACCGUCCAGGUGGUGACCUUCACCGAAUGUGAUCCCUUCAAUCACUACUGGCAGGUACUGCCCGAUCCCGGUACCUGCAGUCGGGCCCAGCUGCAGUUAAUUGUGGUGGGCGUCUUGAACGUUGUCACCGAUGCUAUGCUAAUUGCACUACCCCUACCGGUUCUGAUCAUGGUCAAACGCAGUAUGAUGGAAAAACUACAGUUGACUGCGCUGUUUGCCAUUGGCUUCUUUAUCGUCGCCAUCACCAUCAUCCGCCUCCCACAAAACGCCCAAAAUUCCACCAAACAGGUCAACCGCACUACCUGGGCCUCCGUCGAGCUGCUGGCUGCCGCCAUCGUGGCAAAUGCGCCCGUGCUAUACGGCUUCUAUCAUGGACACCGUGAGGAGUCACGAUCCAGAGCAACUGCGACUUCGUCAGGCCCGCACUCGUCGCGGGACCGCGCGCUGGUGUCGCAUGAUCAACCCUGGGAAAUGAACAGGGUCAGCCAUUCGCGGCAGCCGUCAAUGCUGGGCUCCAAGCUGGCAGCACGACCGGCGCACACCUACACCGAGAUCAAUGGCGAGUGCGGUGCAAGUGUGAACACACGGAAUUCAUGGGAGAUGACGCGAGAAAAUCACGGACGAUAA